AUGCUCGCCUCGAUCCUUGCCCUGCCCUCAGCGGCCGUGUCCGGUACGGCCAGCUACCUCAACAACCGCCGUCGCGGCCUCGCCUACACCGCCGGCGCACUCGGCGGCGCGUACGUCCUCGGGCAGUGGGCGGUGCAGCGUGUUGUCGAGGGGGCGGAGAAGGGCCGCAAGGAGACCACCGAGCGCGACGACCUCUCUCGUCGCUUCUCGCUCAACCUCCAGGACAGCCAGUUCACCGUCCUCGCCCUCGUCCCGACUCUCGCCUCUCAGCUCCAGCAAGAGCUCGACGUCGAGGCGCGGUCCAAAGCGUUGAGCGACCUCGCGCGGCGGGACAAGGAGCGGCGAGCCGACGAGGCCCGGCGGGCGCAGGAGGCAGAAGCGGCAGAAGCGGCGGCGCGACAGGAGAAGCAGCGCAAGGAGGAGGAUGAAGCGCGGGCGGUCGAGGUGGAGGAGCCGAACGGCGGCAAGGCGGCUGAUGCUGCCGCCGCCGACCCCGAGGUGCCGUCGGUCAACGGCCACGACGGCGAGGGCGACUCGCCGGCACCUGUACCCGUCGAGCACGGUACCUCUGCGCCGAGCGGCGCCGACGACCCGCACAAGGCGCACCCUCCUGCGCAGGUGGACGCGUCCUCCUCCCCUUCGAGCCCACCUCCCUCCUCGACCUCCCUCAACCCGUCCGCCGCGCCUUUCCAGCCUCGCUCCGCCUCUCCACCCGCCAAUGUUGCUCCACCCUCCGCCACGUUCGCCGAAAUCGACCCGUCGUCGAGCGUGCUGGGCAAGAGCUGGGCCGAGAUCGUCAAGACGACGCCGCCGGCGCCCGAGGCGCCCAUCGUCGAGCCGGACGCGCCUGCGCCUGCAUCGAGCGUCGAGGGCACCCGCGUCGAGGUCAACGGCGAGGCCGAGCCGGCUGCCGCUGCGCAGCCGAACAGCGCGCCCGAUGGCGAGGCGGACGGCUCGAGCCCGUCGGCGCCGUCCGCCGGGUCGUCGGCACCAGCUCCUGAGCCGGCAAGUGCCCCGACAAAGAGCAAGGCCGAGCUGUGGAACGAGAUCAAGCUUCACUCCUUCACUCGCCUCGUCACCUCCCUCUACGCCCUCGUCCUCCUCUCCCUUCAGACCCACGUCCAGCUCGCGCUCCUCGGCCGUGCGAGCUACGUCGACUCGCUCGUGUCGUCCCUCCCUCCCCGCACGCCCUCGCCUCGAUCCGCCGCUCCCCUCCCUCUCCCCGACUCGACUGCGCCCGAAAAGCCUGUCGGCCCCGACUCGGACGACCACGACCUCGAACGCGCGCUGUACGAGGCCAAGCGCCUUCCGCCGACGGUCGACGAGCGGCGCGAGGAGAAGGAGCGCGAGAGGAAGGACCUCGAGCGCAAGUACCUCACGUUCUCGUGGUGGCUCUUGCACGAGGGGUGGAAGGUGGUGCGCGAGCGGGUUGAGCAGGCCAUCGAGGCUGUCGUCGGACCGAUGAGUCUCAAGGCGCCACUCGUGUACGGCGAGCUCGGAGCCAUGUUUGGCGAGAUCCGCAGGCGGAUCGAGCUGGAUGCCGCCACGGGCAAGCCCUUCGACUUUUCGUCCGCCAAUCACCCUCCAACCUGGGCUCUCGAGAUCCAGACGCUCGUCUCGGGCGGCUCCUACACCCCCUCGCCUCCCUCUACCUCGACCUCUUCCUCCUCCUCCUCCUCCUUCCCUCCCUCGGCACGCCGCAGCCGACCCGACCCGAUCACGCCCUCGCUCCGAUCGCUCCUCAACGAGACCAACGACGCCCUCGACUCGCCCGACGGCGCCCUCGUGCGCGCCCUCAGCCUCGACCGCCUCUUUGCUCUCGUCGUCGAGCGGCUCGAGCCCGCCUUCUCGGCGCCCGGUGCAGCAGGAGCGUCGGCCGACGAGCGUGGUGCGAGGUUUGAGGACGUGACGGAGAAGCAGGCGAGGCUCGCGACCCUGCUGCCGCUCGUCACGAGGUUGUCGUCGGCGGACGGCGGCGUUCUCUCGAGCGGCGUCAACUCGAACGAGUUUGCGCUCGAGGAGGUUCGCGAGCUGCGCGAGUUCAGCGCCGUGCUGUACGGCAGCUGGGACCGGGACAACAUCGACGCGAGCUGUGUGCUGUAGCGAACGCUGUCGAGUCGUGCACUGUAUCUGUCCUUGCCUCGGUU